CAUAUUUCCACUGUGUGUGUGCAGUGUCUAAACAGGCUGUAGAAGGCAGAUCAAGUGCACAUAAUGAAAGUGCGUCCCGGACUAGUUGUUGCAUAACAGACGUGCCAGGCUGUAGGUUAGCAAGCAGUCUUGUUUAUCCGCUUGUGAGAAUGAGAAAAAAAUGAGAGGGAGGGAGCGAUGUGGAGAGAUAUGGAGCGGUUGGAGGGGGCGUACAUCUCCUUACUAGCUCAUGGCUAGAGAGCUUGGCAGUGAUACAGCGCUGCUGAACGCUCCCUCUGUGCUGUAUGUCGAUAGAGGGACCGUUUUCACCUCCACCGCGGGGCGGUUAUAACCAAGGGCCAAACAAACCCGUGUGAGCCUGGACUAACGUUUCAUUUUUUGAUUUUUUUUAUUGUGCCACCUCGGUAUGCCCUAGUCCUCAAAUCCUGCCGCAGAGGACGCCAUCGGAGAGGAGCCACACACGGACCUGCCGCAGAAGCACAGUGGAAUGAUGGUGUGACACACAGCCAGCCAGCCAGCCAGAGGGACCAGUCACUGCUCACCACUCAGAGGCAUGACCAUGGCUCCGGUGUCUCUCCUUUCCCUGGGCUUCCUCCUCUCCUUCCUCCAUCCUUCAGAUGCUCAGACCAUCAUAGGCUCCUCCUCCUCCUUCUCCCGUCUUGACCUGCCUACUAAUUCUUCACCUCAUCCAACGAAGCAGACUGCUAAAUUCUGGACUUCUUUGCCUCCCAGAGGCCGUAGCGACGUGCCUAUCAGAGCUACAGUCCGGAACAGACUGACAACUACAAAUGCGAUGCAACAGGAUCAAAGAAUGCCCCAUCCUACCGCACAGUCCACUUCUUAUAUAUCUGCCCUUUCUACACAUAACCUCAGCGGGGGGCCAAUUUUAACUCAACCAACUGUCUCCAGGCCCAGGACUGACACAGCUUUUUUACUAUUCAGCAGGGCUGCAAAGAGAGAUGAUACUACAAAAGGCUCAACUCCUCCUCUGCCCACUUUGUCCUUCACUGCUGUCGCCCAGUCUGUAGGUGAUAAGCCAGUGAAGGCAGGAAAUUCAGGGGAGGGAUCAGUCAAAGAUACAGGGGAUGAUGAUUUUCAGGCAUUGGGAUCAGGUAGUAUUCCAACAGUGACGCUUGUGAAGGAUGAAUCACCUGUUCCAACAGUCGGUGAUGAAAUGGCGCAGGAUCAGCCACAGGCACAGACUGCGAUAUCUAAUGUUUCUGAUGUACAAACGCCACCACCGAACAGUCAGACUCUGAAGCCUCAGAUGUUUGUGCUCACAACAUCCAAUAAAAUCUUUAUGACACCACAGACUGAGACAAGAGCCACACCGUCCCCACGGACUGUAGUGUUAACAGGCGAACUGACAGCAAACGUUCCUUCCACCAGAGUUCCUCCAAAGCAGGACUCUGCUGCCGUGACAUUACCCCAAACGACAACUGACACCACUAACUCUGUCGAUAAAGAGUCACAGACUGCAGGGCAACCUGUUACUGUCCAAAGCGAUUCACAUUCAAGCACCACGACACAGCAAGUGACAACCAUUUCUACAAUGAGAACGCUUACUACUACACAGGAGGCUGUAAGAACAUCCUCCAAAAUGACAAAUCAACCCAACAAAACAGCAGAGCAAGGAAGAAAUACAGCAAGCACAACUGUACAGUCAUUGAGGACAGGGAUCUCUGUCUUCCUUGCCACUGGUGCUGCACCUGUUGCCCAAACCAGGUUAAGCCCCACAUCUCAGACUGGUAUUCAAAAGAGGAACCGCUCCAUUCUCCUGGGACAUCCACACCAAGCUCCCCAUUCUACUUCCAAUCCAGCCCCCUCUCCUGGUGCAAGUCCCUCCACUAAUGCCACACUUCUCUACUGGGGGGACCUGAGCCGGACACUGGCUUUCGCCUGGGAGCUGCAUGUAUAUGGCUCAGCGAGCCUCUUCCUCCUCCUGUUUGCUGGUGCUGCUCUUGGUCUCACUCUGGCCCCUGGCACAAACUGUCCUCACCGGGGGGCUCUUGCACUCGCCAACGCUCUAUUGUUUCUGGCCGGAGGCCUUAGGGCAGCUCUAUUUCUAAUCGACCCCUAUGGCACUCGCAAAUUCCUCCCUCGCCCCGCAGUUACAGCCCUCUACAACUUACCGCUACACUUCCUGGUGUGGACACAGGCUGCCCUGGCACUGCUUGCAUUGAGGGCGGUGGGAGUGAGUGUGUUACCUCCAACUUUGGAGCGUCCUCCUCUGGUAGCUGUGUUGGCUGUGUUGCAGUGUACCCUGUUGCUGGCGGCUGAUCUGCUUUCCCCAGCCCUGUCCCCUGUGGUGCCAGUCACCCUUCAGGUCCUGGCCCUGUGCUGGGGUCUGGCUCUCUGUCUGGGCUUCCUUUGCUAUGUCUUUCCACGUAUACGUUGCCCUCCCAUUCCCCACCCUGCAGUCCCUGAAGAGGCCAGGAGGAAGUCCUGGACAGGGAGUAGGAGGAUAGGGGUAAUCCUGGGACGAGUGUUGGCAGUGUGUGCAGUUCUAGGGGCACUGUGCUGCGGGCUGCAUGUUCACGCCACGUUAUGGCUAUAUGGACUUCUAGGAAACUGGACACGCUUCAACUGGGGAUGGUGGCUGGUCCACUUCUGGGCCCGUCUCCUGGAGCUGGCCUGGGGCUUCUCCCUCCUACUCAUGGGUUCCUGGGUGUUCUGGAGGCCUCAAGGUUGGCAGGGAAGGGAGGAGGGUGGACCAGAUGGCAGAGCAGCAGGAGACCUGCCAUCCCCUGGCCAAUCUGUAGGCUCUUCUCAAAGACAUACCUGCUGGUCCAAGAUAGUCCAGAGCCUGAGGGGGAAGCCCUGCAGAAAGUCUGACAGUAAUGGGGUGGGAGGAGGAGGAGCACCAGGGGAGGUGCCUAACAACUGGGCUGGCCAGGAGCGUCCUGGAGCUGACAUCAGCAAGAGUCUGAUCAGGAACCAGAACCAUGAGCAGGCCACUGCUCAGCCACGCUGUGUCAAAGACAGCAACCGGGGACGCAACCAUAGGGGCCACUCAGCAGAACGAGGACUAUCUGAUGGCUCCACAGGCUCCCUGCUGAGACUGCAGGCACUGGGUCGGCCUCCACAGCGCUCAGUGAGUGGCAGUCUGGAUCAGGAAAGGGACACUUGCCUGUCUCUUUAUGAGUUUGAUCUGCGGCCCCCAUCUCCCAUUGACCUUACCCGCAGCAUUGACGAGGCUCUGCACAGGGAACACCUGCUUGGAGGAGGGAGCUUAUUUCAUCCUUUGAACCUAACCUCACAGUCCCCCUCCCCAGGCUCAGGGAUAAGCCAGGGACCCUGGCUCCGCAGGAACAGUGAUCCUCAGCUGAUGUCUGAGAGCAGCGAGGCCCCAACAGAGUCUUCCAUGCCACUGGGGGGCAGUGUUCUCAGCAGUGUGCCCAGCAGACAGGUGACUGCUCCCCCCACACCCUCCCACCAGGGUCACAGGUGGGCUGGGAACACAGUAGGAAGUGUCCCUUCAUCAGUGUCUUGCCCUGUGUCACUUCGUCCUUCCAGAACGUCAACGGGGCACCUGGGGGAGGAUGGAGUGGACGACACACGGCCAUUCAUCACCCCAGACUCAGAGAGGUUGCACGGGAGGGCUGGGAGACCGGUGGGGUCACGGAGUUACCUGGAGGUCAGCAGACAUGACGACUCUGCCAGUGUCAGCAGUGAAAUCAUUGAUUUAUGAACCAAACCUUGGACAUGGGGACCAAUCGCCGCACAUCAAACACUCCAUUUAACAAAUAAUGUUCCUACCAAGACUUCAACAAAUAUUGGAAAAAUCGGAUCACUGAUCUUCCGAAAAUUAUUUUUAGAAGAGGGAAAAUAUUUAAAAGUGUCUCUGGGUGAUUACUUUAAAGGAUAUCACCUAGUUGCCUUUUACCAUGUUAAAGUGUUUUACAGCAGUGUUUUGGAAAAGAUAUGGUAUACCCUUUACUCUAGGAGUAAAACUGGGAGUUCUAGCACAGAUUAGCACAAUAAUAACUCUUCUUCCUGUUUUUUCUCAAACACACACACUCCAACACAACACUGGUAUAACUUCAAGUACACUGGGACCACAAAUACAGUUGAAUAAAUUCUCAAAUUCUCUCUCCAGCAGGUCCACGCUUGGUGAUUGGUGUGAAAUUUGUGAUGCAGAUGAAUUUCAGCUUCAAGCUAAUCCAUAAAAUUGGGAGUUUCAAAAAGUUUGAAGGGUAAAAGACAGAUGUGGCUCUAGGCUGUCUGUAGGUCCUAUUUCUGUUGUUUCUGUGAAAAAAUGUCAACAAUAGUGAAUUCCACUCAAGAGUUUAUUUGCUGUCUUCCAUAUUUCAUUUUGCUUUGUAAUGUAAAGAUGUGCCAUACAUAACUUUGGUUGGUUCUGUGUUAUUUUUAUGGUUCUGUAAACCCAUUAUUUGGGUUAACUCUCUAUAGCGUCUUAUCAGUAUCAUAGUGACUCACCUACGGAUUACUACUUCUAAGCUCUGAACAUGCUGCUGUUGUUGUUGUCCAGUCUGCCUUGUAUGUUAAUGUGAAGCCAGUUACAUAAAGAGACAGGCAGUUAACAACAACCAGAAACAUGCUUACAUGUGAACGUGUUGCCGAAGCUUUUAGCUGUAGCUGAAACUGUCAGAUUUCAAAAUGAGGUUCAAGCAUUGACCUGUAAGUUUAACACAUUUAUUAUUUUGCUGUAGGUCAAAAGCUUUUGCAAUCAAUAAUUAUGUACAAUUAAAGCCUCUGACUGCAUUUUUACAGGAUUUGACUGAGAAUAUUACAACAUAAUCAUGAAUCUAUCGCUUGCAUUGAAUCAUUUCAGCCUGUUUGAUAUGUUAACUAAUUAAAAGCUACACAGCUUUGCAGGGCUGCACCCCAUAUGACUGGCUUGGCAUGAACCUCAGAUCUCUUAUACUAGACCUUACUCAAAAACAGAGCACUUAAUUGUAAGCCUGAGCACUAGACCGAAGUAUUUUACUACUCCAGAGGAAAAUGUCUUUCACAUAUAUGAUGUGUAAGCACCAAUGUAAAUAAUGUUAUUUUUGAUGUUCAUGAAUAAAGGUGUAUUUGAAACAUAGUUGUAGUUAUUACUGUGAAAGACAAUCUAACAUGGCAUUGCGCAUGUGUCUGAGCUGUGCAGACAUCAGACUGAGGUCUGUUUAGGAUAUGCA